CAGAGGCCUCCCAUCCAGACGAUUGCACUCACGAGAUCUGACCAUCGACACAGCACACAGAAGACAAUUAUGAGAACUAGGUGUCACCAGCCCAUCGAUACCUGGCCAUCGGCUGUUUCUGCACGCACUGCCUCAGUGAGGGUCUUCACAUCGGCCUCGAGUGCUUUCUCUUUAUCCCGUAGCUUUUUUUCGAUUUCCUCUCGGCUCUCACGACACCACUGUGAUUCCCCCUCCCACUGCAGAAAGACAAAGACAUCAUACCCACUUGUGUAAUCUAGGUUUCACUCAUCUAGGUCUUUUCGUACGGGUUCUUGUCGCUGAGCAUUCUCCUUGCGAAUCAGUGCAUUGGAUCGCAUCAGAAGGGCAGCGUAGCGUGCCUGAUUGGUGUGCCCGCCAUAGUCAUAGUAGUCGUCCGAAUGUCGAGCCCCAUUGGCUUUGAGGAGGACGGCGACAUCCUUCAGCUCAAGCUGUAUCACCUGUGAGAUGACACCCAGUCAGUCCGUAUGUGUGUGAAAUUCGAUGGCAUCCAUCUCAUUAUUUUUCACCCGCCCACCACUUCGUCGAGAGGCGCCACGACUAGGCCGCCGACCAGCUGAUGUCUGCCAAGAUUGGGGUCUGCUCCGGCUUCCAACAGCAGCUCCACAGUCCUGAAUAUUCGAUUGGCAGCGACAGCAUCCCACACCAAGCGGCUGUUACUGUAGGUCUCUGUCUCGGCCAUCACUGCGCGAUGUAGAGGCUCUCCGUUUGCCAUGUUGGGAUUUGCCCCACUGUCGAGAAGCGUCUUGACAGCCAUGAAGGCAUCUCUUGUCCCUUCUUGAUAGCCGCGGACGCCAAAGAAAUCGUAUAGUCGCUGCCUCAUGCUUUUCCACCCGGUGUCUCCCUUUCGGAUUUGAUUGAUGCGGUCGAUGAGCUCGGCGUGUUGGAGUCCCGUGAAGACUGUAAUCAGCUGACAACUGACAACCGCCACCGUCAGAAUGAUGUUGGCAAUGGGGAGCAGCUGCAGCUGGUAAGUGGGAUAGCAGAGGAAGAGGGCAUUGCAUAUCAGGCCGACAAGUUUUUCGCAGAGUAUGCUGGAGAGACGGGGCACUGUGUGCAGCAGUAAGGCGCUGGCGUCAACUUUGGCCUCGAGCAUGGAGAGACGAAUCACUAUCGCAGGAAGAUAUCUUCGGGCAUCAUGUUUGGCCUCGAUUGUUGCGAUUUGAGAAGGGUAGAGGAGGCAGGUUUCUGUGGCGGGGCAGAGAAAGUAGAGGUGCCACAGCCAUGUGGGGACCCUCUCGCUGGACACCGCGAUCGUGAAGAAGGUAAUCCAGGUGCUGGUUGUGUAGACAAUCUCCGCAAUCAGCACGUGCAAAAGACCCAAUCGGGUCGAGCAGGUUGCGCAACAAAGCAUGCACGAGACAUAUAGAAAUGCCAUAAAAGGAAACAGCAUCAGCAGGAUGGAAGCCCACCAUAAGAAGCCCCCAAUCCAGCUCCACCCCCAAUAAGCACAAAGAGCACCGAUCACCCCCAACUUGGGCCCCAAGACCGCAAGCCCCGGAUCCUCUGGUCUUCCCGCUUUGGCUAGCUGUUGUAUCUGCUUGUAGGCUGAGGCGAUGGCAUUCAGCAGAUUCAAGGAGAGAUUGCUGAUAAGUAUUCCCAUCGCACGGCUUCGGGGGUUGCCGAUGGCAUAAAGAAUGAUCACGAUGUUGAUGAAGUCGAUGCUGUCGUUGAGGACGGAGAUGCGGCUCAGCACCGUGAUCAUCCUGACGAGCCACCGAGGAGGGCCGGGCCGGUAGAAGCGAGUGAUGAUGGGUGCCGGGGAAGACGGCCCUCGCGGGGUCGCUGCCUGAGAGUCCACGCCCGAGUCGAUGAGACGGGAGUAUUCGCCUAAUUCGAUGUCGCCCGAGGGUCCCUUUUUGCGCUGCACCUGAGCAACCGCAAUGCACAAGUCGUCAGCAAACUGCUCACACAAAGGCUUCUCCUGCGUACCAGUGUGGCAUUCAUUUGGACGUACUCCAGGCACCAUUUGAGGACGAGCAGAGCUGUCGAGACAGAGGCAGAGGCGAGAAGGAGCCGCUUGCACAGGAGGGGGAUUGUGUACUGGGACGGCUCGUCGAUAAUCAUCUCCCAGAAGGAGAACCAGUCGGUCACUGCACAAUGUCAUAUGCAAUGGGGGCAGAGAGGGAGCAAUAUACAUCAUGAUGGGAGAGAGAUGAAGAUCCCUGCUGUUGCUUACGUGCCGCGAAGACCCCCAGUAGGAUAAGCAUUAUGUUCUCUUCGAGAAAUUUCUGCAAUGAGACCCUUCUGGGCCCUUGGCUGGACAAAACCGACGAUGCGAAGAUCCGUCCAUCAGCUGUUUCUGCACGCACUGCCCCAGCAAGGUCUUUCAAGUCGGCUCUCAAGGUUUUCUCUUCAUCCUCUAGCUCUUUUACGAUUUCCUCUUGUCGCUGUGGUUCCUCCUUCCACUGCAGAAAGACAAAGACAUCAUACCCACUUGUGUGAUCUAGGUUUCAAUUAUCUAGGUCUUUUCGUACGAAUUCUUGUCGCCAAGCAUCAAAUUCGCCAAUCAGCUCUUUCGAUCGCAUCAAAAGGGCAGCGUAAUGUUCAUGGUUGGUGUGUCCGCCGUAUUUAUAGUAGUCGUCCGAAUGUCGAGCCCCAUUGGCUUUGAGGAGAACGGCGACAUGGUUCAGCUCCGGCUGUAUCACCUGCACAAACAUGGCACUCAGUCAAGCCACGUGUGUGAAUCUGUGGCAUCCGUCUCUUCAUGCUUAUCCGCCCACUCACCACUUCGUCGAGAGGCGCCACGACUAGGUCGCCGGCCAGCUGACGUGUGCCAAGAUUGGGGUCUGCUCCGGCUUCCAACAGCAGCUCCACAGUGUUGAAAAUCCAAGCAGCUUCAGCAUCCCACAGCAAGGGCCUGUCGCUGUCGGUCGCUGCCCCGGCCAUGACUGCGCGAUGAAGCGGCUCGCCGCACGCCAUAUUGGGAUCUGGGCCAAUAUCAAGGAGCGUCUUGACAGCCACCAAAGCAUCAGCUUUCUGAUACCCCCUCUCGGGAUAGAAACAGUGAGCUAAACGCUCUCCCAUGCUUUUCCACUCGGUGUCUCCCUUUCGGAUUUGAUCGAUGCGGUCGAUCAGCUCGGCGUGUUGGAGUCCUGUGAGCUCUGCAAUCAGUUGACAACUGAUGACUGCCACCGUCAGAAUGAUGUUGGCAAUGGGGAGCAGCUGCAGCUGGUAAGUGGGAUAGCAGAGGAAGAGGGCAUUGCAUAUCAGACCGAGAAGGUCUUCGCAGAGUAUGCUGGAGAGGCGAUUGCGUCUCGCAUCACGAUGGCUUCUGGCGUCAACUUUGGCCUCGAGUAUGGUGAGAAGAGAGGGAUAGAGCAUGAAGGUCCCUACCAGAGGGGAGAGAAAGUAGAGGCGCCAGAGCCAUGUGUGGACUCUCUCGCUGAAGACCGCAGCCGUGAAGAAAGUAAUCCAAUCGGUGAUUGCAUCGACAAGCUCCGGAAUCAGCACGUGCAAAAGACCCAAUCGGCUGUAGUCAAAGAGAAGAACUUCUGAAAGAAGCUCCUUCGGAAUCAACCAGUGCGUCACGACGCCAGUAA